CGUGUGCCAAAGCUGCCAGACAAUAACCUGGACGUCACAAGACUAGACGGCUGGUAAGUCAUGCGCUGAUCAGAGUCUGCAAAUCAGUGGCGGGAUACAUACAACCGUGGUCUAGUACUUUCAGAUGGCUGAUGGUCCAGGAAACGCACUGGGUGGCGACAAUGGUCAAGGAUACCGCUAUGACGGAAACUAUUCCCAAAUAACUUCUUCCAUCAGUAAAAGAGAAGAAUGGAAAUCUUUCUGCUUCACAUUUGCUUGUGGCCUUGCAUAUAUAGGCUUGGUUUUGAUCCUUGCUUUCAGCCUGAAUCUGCGCUUCUUUGAUUACGGUCCACAUGACCAAGUCAUGACGUCUCAAGACCAAAUUCCACUUGCAGCAUCAACCAUCUUCUGUGACGGUGUUCAAAUUGAAGACAAGAGCAAUAAUGGGUUUAUUAACCUCUACGUUUUUCCUCAUACUCCACCCCUCACACUAUGGCAGACACUCACUGUGAGUGAAAACUUUACAAUUGCUCCAAAGGGUAAAAGUAUCUACUGGUCUUACUACAUGAAUCGAGGCUCUCAACUUAAUUUAUCAUUAUGUGCUGAGCCAAGUAUAUCCUUGAAUGUUUUCAAAGGUGGAGUCUCUUUUAAAGGCUCCUUUUAUCACAACCAAUAUUCGGGUGUAUGUUUGAAUGGCACAAAUGGUCUCAAAUCUAUUCGUGUAAGUUCUGGAGAUGAAUACUACUUUUUUUUUAAAGGCGACAAGUCUGUGAGCUCGAAAGUCAACAUGACACUGUCCUUCAAUCGUACCAUGUACAACAUCUCAGCCAUGUCUGGAAAAACAUGUCAUGCCAAUCCAACUUGCUCUCUCCCACUUAACUAUGCAUCAAGUCAAUUUACUUUACUCGUUACAAACGACACUUUGCAGUCUAAUGAGAGCAUCAGUGUUCACUGGAGUUACAGUCCUCGUAACUGGUUCUAUGGUGUGGCAUUUGGACUACCUGGUGGACUUUUAUUUGUGAUCGUUCUUGCCUAUUCAGUACGUUGUUAUCACAGAAUCCGGGCCGGCUGCAACCACCGUCAAUCACUAGCUUUUGGCUCACAACUGUUGCUAGGCUUCAGUCCGACAGGAGAAGUAGCACGUCAGCCCUCAUAUCGUGUCCAAUGGGCAAUGAACAACUAGCUAGACUAUGAAUGAAACUCACAAAUUUUGGCUCAAAUUGGUGGCAACUUAUUGCUUGUUCAAGGUCUUAGUAGUAAAACGUUGAUCAUAGUCAUAACAAUGUUUCUUACACUGUAGUGUGUAUGUUUGACAAGCAUGGAAUGUACGCGCAUGUAUUGUGUCCCUAUAGCUUUUACAUGUAAAAUCUGCAAUUAUAGCUAAUUAGCUAAAGUAAUAAAACGCAUGACAUGAUAAUUAA